UAAAAAGAACUGAGAGUAUACAUGUGUACUAGUAGAGAUACAGAUACCCUUUUUUUCUCAGCUCUGCACAUCCAAAGAUAGACAGGAGAGUAGGCCAUCUAAAAAGAAAGUGAAUCCCAAACACCACUACAAAAACCAAGACUCUUUUUUUCCAGAAAAAAAGAAAAACAGAUUUCAAGAACAAAUAAUAGAAUCUCAUCUCAGCCCUUCAUAUCCCUUCCUGAUAUCUCAAGCAAAAACAAAAAAAACCCUUCAAGCUGAAAUCUUUUCUCUCAAUAUCUUCUUCAAAAGAGCAAAAAAAAAAAAAAUAACCAUGUUAUAAUAUUUCAAGAAUCUCCCACAAAUGGGCUUACACAAAAAACCCUUUUGUAUUUUCACUCUUUUCUUGGUCAUUCUUGCAAUUUUCAAGCUCAUUCCACUAACUGAAUCUGCAUCUGAAAACACUAAUUUAGUAUACAAAGGCUGUGCAAAACAAGCAUUAUCAGAUCCAUCUGGUGUUUACUCACAAGCACUUUCAACUCUUUUUGGCUCACUAGUUUCACAAUCUUCAAAGUCAAAUUUUUACAAAACUACUACAGGCAGUAGUCAAACAACAAUAACUGGUCUUUUCCAAUGUAGAGGUGACCUUUCAAAUGUUGAGUGUUAUAACUGUGUUAGUGGUUUGCCAAUACUAAUAGACAAACUUUGUGGCACUCCUGUUGCAGCAAGAAUUCAGCUUUUAGGCUGUUAUAUGCUAUAUGAGGUUUCUGGUUUUCCUCAAAUAUCAGGAAUGGAAAUGUUGUAUAAAACUUGUAGUGGUAAAAAUGCUCAAGGGAGUGGAUUUGAAGAGAAAAGAGACACUGCUUUUUCUUCAUUGGAAAAUGGGAUGGCUAGUGCUACCAAUGGAUUUUACACAACUAGUUAUGAGUCUGUUUAUGUUGUAGGACAAUGUGAAGGGGAUGUAGGCUCAUCUGAUUGUGUUGAGUGUGUUAAAAGUGCUGUCCAAAAAACUCAAGUUGAAUGUGGUAGCUCAGUUUCUGGUCAAAUUUUCCUACACAAGUGCUUUGUUAGUUUUAGUUAUUAUCCAAAUGGGGCUCCUAAAAAAUCAUCUUCUUCUUCAUAUUGGUCUCCAUCUCCUUCUUCAGGGACAGGCCAAAACACAGGUAAGACAGUGGCUAUAAUACUAGGAGGAGCAGCAGGAGUUGGUUUUCUAGUCAUUUGUUUGCUGUUUGCUAGGAACUUAACGAAGAAACAUGAUGAUUAUUGAAGGGAUCGGCUGUUGUAUUAUAAAGGCUGGCAAAAGCUAUUUCUGAGGUGGAUUCUUUCCUUGAUUAGAUUUUCUUCCUAGAAGAAAAAGAAUUUUUCUUUUGUGGAAAAAAAAAAGUGAGUGAUUUUAUGAGCUGUAAUUCUUGGAAUUAUUAUUAGGUUAAAGAGAAAAAACAAAAAACCAUUGAGCAGAGAGUAUUUUUGGGGUGAUGAAACUGAGAUGAAUGGGACAUAAAUUUUUGGUGAAAUGAUGUAACAAUACUAUGUUUUGUCAACUGUGAAAAAGAUUAUUAAUGGUUUUGGCCUUUUUCUCCAA